CGUGCUUUUGUCUCGCAUCGCCGCGGCUGAGGUGAAGUUGAUGCAGGUUGUGCGUUUGGGAGGAACAAAACCUUCUCCCUUCGUUAAUAACCGCUCUGAAGAGAGAACUUCCAUCUUCCGCGCGCUGUGGAGCAGCAAGGUUGUUGACACGUGGACCAACAGUGACAUCCUUCUUCGGCAAUGCUGUCUUUACUCCCUCCUGCAUUCAGAAGCAUCUAGAGAGAUUUCUUGCCGAAGGGAUCCUCAAUGCAUUUCCUUGCCAUUAUUUAAGGAGCCUUUACUAAAAGCUUCUGGAUUGUGUUUCUAAGUGGACAAAAGAUUUUGUAUUCAAAAUGCUUAUAAAGGAGUAUCGUAUUCCUCUUCCGAUGAGCGUGGAAGAAUAUCGAAUUGCACAGCUCUACAUGAUACAGAAAAAGAGCAGAGAGGAGACAUGUGGGGAAGGCAGUGGAGUAGAGAUCCUGGAGAACAGGCCAUACAUGGAUGGGCCAGGAGGGAACGGGCAGUAUACUCACAAAGUGUACCACAUUGGUAUGCACAUACCCAGCUGGUUUCGGUCAAUAUUGCCCAAGGCAGCUCUGCGAGUCGAAGAGGAAUCAUGGAAUGCCUACCCUUAUACCAGGACAAGGUAUACGUGCCCUUUUGUGGAGAAGUUCUCUAUUGAUAUCGAGACAUACUACAAAACUGAUCCAGGAGAGCACGUCAAUGUUUUCAACCUUUCUCCUGCAGAAAAAAGACAAACCAUUCUAGAUCCUAUUGAUAUAGUUAAAGAUCCUAUCCCUCCACAUGAAUACAAAGCUGAAGAGGAUCCAAAGCUGUAUAAAUCAAUGAAGACUAAAAGAGGCCCUCUAUCAGAAGACUGGAUUCAAGAGUACAAGAACAACCCUGGGAAAUACCCCAUCAUGUGUGCAUAUAAACUUUGUAAAGUCGAGUUCAGAUACUGGGGGAUGCAGUCAAAAAUCGAGCGGUUUAUCCAUGAUGUUGGCUUGCGGAAGGUCAUGGUCCGUGCCCAUCGGCAGGCUUGGUGCUGGCAGGACGAAUGGUACGGCCUCACCAUCGAGGAUAUCCGGCAGCUGGAGAAAGAGGCACAGCUGAUGCUGGCUCAGAAGAUGGCCCAGUUCUGUGGUGAAAAUGAUCCCGAGCAGCACGGAGUCAAAGAUGCUCCUGGUGAGAAGGACAUUGAAACUGACACAGUUUCACCUGUGGACCCAGAAGAUGUCUCUGGUAACAGUGAAACAGCCUCUGGGAGAUCGCUCACCAAGCAGUGGUCCACCUCUUCCAAGUCCUCCCGGUCUUCAAAGAGAGGAGCAAGUCCCUCACGCCAUAGUAUCUCAGAGUGGAGGAUGCAGAGCAUUGCCAGGGAUUCAGAUGACAGCUCAGAUGAUGAAUUCUUUGAUGCACAUGAGGACUUGUCUGACAAUGAGGAAAUGUUCCCGAAAGAAAUAACCAAAUGGAGUUCCAAUGAUCUGAUGGAUAAAAUUGAAACCCCCGAAUGUGAUGAUGUCCAGGGUGACUUGUAUCAUGAGACAUCAGCAGAGUACCACGUUGGCUCCAGUGUGGAGAGGCUCAGCAUCAUUGAAGAUGAAUCAGUGCAGCCAUUAAUGCAGCCAAGUAAAAUCCAUGUCCUCCUCUUAGUACUCCAUGGAGGGAACAUCCUAGACUCGGGAAGUGGUGAUCAGAGCUCUAAGCAAGGGGAUGUCAACACCAUCACGACUGUCUUUGACACGGUGAUGAGGGUACACUACCCAGCUGCUCUUGGACACAUUGCCAUCAGGCUAGUCCCUUGCCCAGCCAUCUGCUCCGAAGCUUUUUCACUGGUGUCCAGCCUCAGCCCAUAUAGUUAUGAUGAAGGCUGCCUAUCCAACAGCCAGGAUCAUAUUCCCCUUGCUGCCCUCCCUCUGCUAGCAACAUCAUCACCUCAGUACCAAGAAGCAGUAGCCACAGUGAUCAUCAGAGCCAACCAGGCCUACAGCGAGUUCAUCAGAUCCCAGGAGGGCAUGUCAUUCAAUGGCCAGGUCUGCUUGGUUGGGGACUGUGUUGGAGGAAUUCUGGGAUUUGAUGCCUUAUGCUACAGCAAUCAAACUGUGUCUGAGAGCCAAAACAGCAGUCGAAGAGGGAGUGUUGUGAGUGUCCAGGAUACCGACCUGCUAUCUCCUGGAAUAACAGUGAACAACAGCUAUUGCUCCAGCGGCUCUAAUCUGGAAGCCAGCAGACACCUCAGCAGGAGCAACAUUGAUAUUCCCCGUAGCAACGGAGAGGAUCCAAAGAAGCAGCUGCCACGGAAAAGGAGCGAUUCGUCAACCUACGAACUGGACACGAUAAAGCAGCAUCAGGCCUUCCUUUCAAGUUUACAUUCUAGUGUUCUGAGAAAUGACCCGGGAUCCAGGCGAUCAAGUAGCUCCACUAUGCUGGAUGGAGGAAAUAUUGGGAAGUUUGAAUUUGAGAUCACUGACUUCUUCCUCUUCGGUUCUCCCCUGGGUCUGGUUCUUGCACUGCGAAAAACUGUCAUUCCAGCUCUUGACAUCUUUCAGCUCAGACCAGCUUGUCAGCAGGUCUAUAACCUGUUCCACCCUGCAGACCCAUCUGCUUCACGCCUUGAGCCUCUUCUGGAGAGGAAGUUCUACCUUUUGCCCCCCUUUAAUAUUCCCCGUUACCAGAGGUUCCCACUGGGUGAUGGCAAUUCUGCUGUUCUGGUUGAGACAAUCCAGAACAAUCCCAUCCUCCUCAUGGAAAGUAGCCCUCUGGGUGCUGCCCAGCACCAGGACAGCUUCAUGGAAACAAGUAUCCCCGUUCCCGUACUGAAUUGGCAAGAUGUUUCCAAUAAAAGUGCUGGUUUUGCUGAGUCAGAUGUUGUUCAGUCUCAUGGUGCCGUCUUCAUGGAAAGCGCGUCCCUGUCCACCCCCAUUUCAGCCCCUCAGUUCAGGGGCUUCCGGAGAGCCAGUGAGAUCAGCAUUGCCAGCCAGGUCUCAGGAAUGGCAGACAGUUACACUGCUUCCAACAUAGCCAACAAAACCAAACACCACCUUAACCAUUGUAGAGGGUUUAGCCUUCUCUCCCUACUUGCACUCCCUCACAAAUCCCCCACCCAAACUUCAUCCAAGAGACACAGGCAGCAUAAACACGAAGUCCCUUCAAAGGGAAGGAAACCCAAAGGGCCAUCGAGUCAGGAUGCAGACUAUGCUCUUCGGAUACCUGACAUGGACAUCAGAAAAGUUGCUGCCAAGUGGUGGGGAACCAAAAGGAUCGACUAUGCUCUCUACUGUCCUGAUGCUCUGACAGCUUUCCCUACGGUCGCCUUGCCGCAUCUCUUCCACGCCAGCUACUGGGAGUCCACAGACGUCGUCUCCUUCCUGCUGAGACAGGUGAUGAGGCACGAGAACUCGAGCGUGUUGGAGCUGGAUGGGAAGGAGGUGUCUGUCUUCACUCCCUCCAAGCCCCGCGAGAAGUGGCUGCGCAAGAGGACACACGUGAAGCUGCGGAAUGUCACAGCCAACCACAGGAUAAAUGACACCAUUGCUAAUGAAGAUGGGCCCCAGACCCUGACUGGAAGGUUUAUGUACGGUCCACUAGAUAUGGUCACACUCACAGGAGAAAAGGUGGACAUUCACAUCAUGACCCAGCCGCCAUCAGGAGAGUGGGUUUACUUUGACACUGAGAUCAGCAACAGCAGUGGCAGAAUUUCUUAUGUCAUCCCUGAGAACCGGCGCCUGGGCAUUGGCGUGUACCCCGUCAAGAUGGUGGUCAGGGGUGACCACACAUAUGCAGACAGCUACAUCACAGUUCUGCCAAAGGGGACAGAGUUUGUGGUGUUCAGCAUCGAUGGCUCCUUUGCUGCCAGUGUAUCCAUCAUGGGCAGCGACCCCAAAGUCCGCGCCGGAGCAGUCGACGUUGUCAGGCACUGGCAAGACCUUGGCUACCUCAUUAUCUACGUCACGGGCCGCCCCGACAUGCAGAAGCAGAGGGUGGUAGCGUGGUUAGCACAGCACAAUUUCCCCCAUGGGAUCGUCUCAUUCUGCGAUGGGCUCGUUCACGACCCGCUGCGGCACAAGGCCAACUUCCUGAAAUCCCUCAUCACAGAUCUCCACAUGAGGAUCCAUGCGGCAUACGGAUCCACCAAGGACAUCUCUGUGUACAGCUCCAUCAGCCUCCCACCCACACACAUCUACAUUGUUGGUCGACCUACCAAGAAGCUGCAGAGCCAGUGUCAGUUCAUCACGGAGGGCUACGCGGCCCACCUGGCCCAGCUGGAGUACAACCACCGCUCGCGCCCCGCCAAGAACACCACCCGCAUGGCGCUGCGGAAGGGCAGCUUCGGGCUGCCCAGCCAGACUGAGUUCCUGCGCAAAAGGAACCACCUGCUGCGGACCAUCUCCUCGCAGCCCUCCGCAGCCGGAGGCAGCGCCGGCCACCGCCCUGAGCGCACCCAGAGCCAGUCCGACGGCGACAAGGAGAGGGACAGGGAACGCAGCCAAAGAAGUAUGAGCAUCGCCACGGGGUGCUGGGGCCGCAGCGCAGCGUCCCGCCUGGAGUCUGGCCUCCUGGGGCAGAAGUAGCCGAGCCAGAGCCAGCGACUGUCGGCUGCAGCCACCGGAGGAGAGAACAAAAGGAAAGGGGGAUGAGGCCGGCGUUAACGUGGAAGGGUAAAUAUGGUGCUACUCUCAUAACAUCGUGGUAUUCUGGGAAGAGAUGGGAUGUUUCCCACACAGAACGUGCAGGCCUUGCAAGCGGGAGCGUCAGGUUUGUACGGCAUGAGCUCAAGGAACAGCUGGAAAUUGGAGGGGAAAGUCUCCAGGUCAAGAUUGUGCUCUUUCCUGCCUCCUUCUCUUAUCCAGGUAUAGUGACUGUAAAUACGUGCCUCCUCACCUUCUUAGCCAUCGCUCCGAUAUGCAUGACCGAGUGCUGUCCUCAGAGCCACAGAACAGGGGCUGAGGUUGGGGAAUUUGCUCGUGGCUCCCAGGAGCUGCCGGAGGGGCUUUGCUGGUGCAGGGGUGGGGUUGGGGUCAGUGAGCAGCAUGGACAGCCCCAGGUGUGGGAUUUGGCAUGGGCUGUGCCAGGCAGAGCGACCAAGAGCUUUACCUGUACAGAGGGCUUCACGUUCAGCCAUGUUCUCAAGGAGUAUGUGCAGUGGCAAAGCAGAAGGGUGUCGAUGCUCUUGGUAGGGGCAGAAUGUCAGCAGAUUCACGCCCAAGCAACUGGGGUUGAGACUACUAUUGUUUUUUAAAGAGACAUUUUCGAAGCCGAUGGAAUUGAAUGCAUUGACCUCUGAACAGAAGAAUACAGGCUAUUCUGUUUGAGCUGUCGCAAGCCUCAGACACUUAAUUUGCUGUUAAAUCUCCAAAUAUUAUUGCUAUAUAUAAUUUCCAGAACUAACCACCAUAUAUUUGCAAGCAGUUCUUCUCAUCCAAAUGCAGGGUCUGACUCUCUCAAUACCCACCUCGGAGACAUUUUCUUCUUCCUGGGUUCUCUCCAAGUUCAGUAGCAGCUUCAGUGGGAACCAGACUCGCUUCUUUGACCUGUAGUUACUGAACUGUAAAACCUCAUUGUUUUUUGCACUGAUGAUUUUUAGAAUGGAAACCUGUUACCAUCUCAUGUAGCUACACCCAACUGUUUGUAGUGCAUGACAAUUAAGUAUCGCUACCAGGGUGUGUGUGUGUGUAUAUCUAUGUAUAUAGAUGUGCAUAUAUGUAUGCACACACACGUAUAUAUAUCUAUGUGUACAUAUUUAAAGAAAAUAAUCCUGUGCAGAAGUUUUUCCAGCAGUAAGGAGACUGUAAGGAAGUGUGCCAACAGAGUCAGGCAAGCGUAAGAAAAGGCCAUAUCUUAAUUCCUGGUGUGUCUCUCAGUGGAUGUGCCUGAGCCGACGGUCGCUGCGCUGCUGGAGCCGGGGCCGUGCGUGGCAGAGGGAGCUGCCCGCCGUGCUGCAGGUGAAACAGUGCCUGGUGUGGGGGCUCAGCAAAGAGCCCCACAGCCCCAUGCCCCCGGCCAGAGGCCCGGCUCCCUCCUUGCACACACCUGGGGGGCCCAUUUACAGGCUCCGGUUGGCCUCUUCACGUGGAGAUUUUAUAGUCCUACUGAGCUCCCCGACUACGUGUAACCCAGCUUCCCCCCCCCCCACCACACCUUCCUGUAUUUAUAUCACUUUCUACUUCCGAUGAUCUUAUUUAUAACAAAAUUUUUUAGACUGGCUGCUUCAUUUUAUUAACUGAUUCAAUACGAAGCGCAGGACGGCCGCGCUGAGACACGCAGCACUGUGAACACUGCUCUGCUCAUUGGCCCUGGGCCGCGGUAGGCAGAUCUCGCAUCAGGCACCUCAGACCUCGUGCUCACAGCGCUCUGGGUCGACUGAGGGACAGUGCUGAGCCGAGGCUGCUGCCCACACAGUGCAGCUCCCCGUCCUGCAGCCUGACUGCACACCGCGUAACCACUUCUCUUUGAUAGCUCUUCAAUGACAGAAUGUAUCUGAUGACUUUUAUUACCGAAAACUGACUUCCCUUUCUGUGGACUCAGCUGAGCUCCCUCUGAAUGUACACCUGGAGCUUACUGGGUUUAAAACCAAUGUGAAUUGUCCCAGCUUUUUUGCUAGUCAAACGUUCGAUGGAACAGUUGCCAUCCGAGUAGGAAGCCAAGCCACAAUCCAUCCUCUGAAGUCACCAAACCACGUCACAAAAUAAUUUCUGCAAAUUUGGAUAUGGCCUUUGCAAAAUUCCUCUUUCCUCAAAGUCCACCACUGAGGCGAGGCACAAUCUGUGCGUUUUCCAAUGCUGAUGAGAUGUUCACGUUUUCUUAUGUGUAGAUAGUGUAAAACAGAGGCGAAUGUAAAUUUUCAACAUAAAAAGUGGGUAUGUAAAAUUGAAAGUUAUUUAUUUAUGUAGAGGAAGAAAUGGCUGGAGGGACUGGAGCCUUCAGGGUUUAUUAAUAUUUAAAAAUGUAGCUUUUUGUUUCAGGCAUUAUGUACAAAGCAAUUCCUUCAUGGACCAACUUUAAUGUAACUGUCAAUGAAUGCAGAAGUGCAAUAUUAUACUCACCUCUCCAUCACUUCACGUUCCCAGCAGCUGCUGACCAGUUAGACUGACAAUCAUAGCGCUCCAUCCUCACCCUUUGUUCAGCUUCUUGAAAUUCCCCGGCUCCUUUCCUUGCCCCCAUCUGUUGCCAUUGUGCAAAUCCAACAUGGAGAAGCAAUUGUAGAGCAGGACCUUUAUUGCUGCAAUAAUACCAGAUGAUGUGGGUGUAGUUACCAGGAAAUAUGCCAAUGAGUUUUCUUCACCAGUUCAGUCCAUCACAGUCUACAUCAGUCUAUCUUCAGCCACCCCCAUCUGGCACUCAUCUCUUCAAAGAUCAACGUGCUACUCACUCAAAGAACAAUAGCAAUAGUUUAACUCUGUUUAUAACCUGUUUGUUCUGAGCUGUUUUGGAGAGCGAUGCGUGUGACUCAAUGCCUUUCCACAUGUCUGGAAGAGGAUCCAUUUGGAUGCAGGGAGGGAAACACAAACGUAUAUUCCAUCCUUACUAAAGGGGCACUGUCAGGUUAAAGACCUAAUUUAUCUUUGUUACAAAUAACUCAUUUGCUUUGAAACAAAAAACUAUGAAGAGUUUCUUGGCCUCCUCCCUCUGGCUUUUGGGCAGUGCUCAGCCCAUGUUGUUCCCACACUUGCACAACACAGCACACCCUGCGCAGGCUGCCUUAGGCUUCUCUUUUUUUUGUUGUUCUCCUUUUCCUCUCUUUUUUCCAUUGCUUCCAUCAGAAUCAAACUCCACCGUGGAGCUCAGAUUUUUCUAACAAGCAGCUUUUUGUACUCCCAAACAAUUGGGCCAGACUUUGUACCUGACGCUGUCCCUUUAACAUCUUAAUUUUUUUUAUUAAUAAAAAAAAAAAAAGCCCACGCAUUCAUUCCGAGUCACUUUCCUGGGCUGCUCACUCCGUCAGACGAGGUGAAAUUCUCAUACCAAAAACGUUUACAGUGUCCGAUCCGCGAGCCAGGAACCAGCCAAAGGCUCACCGCCGCCGCCGCUCCGCCAGCAGCCGCCGUGCUUGCUGUAGCAGCCCCUUCUUCAGGUAUUGCCACUUUGCUGCAUUUCCUAUUAGUUCUAGAAGCCUUACGGUCCCUUCCCCGUCCUCAGCACCCUCUCAGCCUGUUGAUACCCUCGACUGUCGGUUUUAUAUUCAACGAUGUUAAUUCUAUUUUAUUUAUAAAAAAUUGCUCUGGGGGAGCGACAGGUGGGUGUGUGGGGAACCACCAGAGGGCACAGCGCCGCGUCUACAGCGCCGUGCAGACGACUUGCUUGUGUGUGACAAACCUUCUGUACAACUUCCUUCUCCUCCUUGCUGUUAGUGCAUCGUCCCAAUGCCUGGGUGUGCUUUGUGUACAGUAUCAUUGUGAGUUACACAGAUUAAAGAAAUGGGAAGGCUCGUCUCCGUCUGCUUAUUUGGGAAGCUCUUGAAACAGAAGUCACAAAGCCCAGGAUGUGAGCAAGCGCCACUUUAAUGGGGGUUAGAGCAACAAACAGAGCAUGGAAAUUUGUGCAGAGCAGUCCUGCGUCACUCAUUUGUCCUAUAACCACUUUUAUUAUUUUAAAGUUCAUAGAUGUAUGGACUUUGCAGUGGGGGAAAACAACAGGCAUUUGUGUUACUGUGGGUGUGGGCCCCCAAGCUGCUGAUGGCAUUGCUGCCACACUGCAGGAAAGGGCAGGAAGAGAGCAAGGCAAAGGUUCCUCUCCACGCAAUGGGUGAGCAAAACCCCUGUCCCCAGGUUCUCAGCGUGUGGGGCAGACAGAGCAGCACAAAAGGGACCAAAAGCAGCCCCUGAAGGGAAGACGCAGCUGUCAGUGUUGCAGCCCUGCUGCAGACCCUGUGCCAGCUCCUGCCAACAGAAGCCCAGAGAUAAGGCAUCAGCAUCUCUGUGCUGCUGAGCUCCUCAGGCCUUAAAAGGGUCACAAGGGCAAGCAGCAUUACAGCCAUGCUGGCCCCAGUUAUGAGAGGAAGGAGAGAAGCUGUUUAAUGGGAGAUGAACCAUUAAGGUCUUUCUCCUUCCCAGGCAGUAACUUACAGACUGAAUGACACUGCCCCAGGGAAGCGUACCGAUGCAGUGCUGCCUGCAGGUCCAGCUCAUCAGUGCGCCAGGGCUGUGCCCGCAGCAAGACAAGUUUCCAGCACAGCUACAGCACAGGCUCACUGCAGCAUCCCCGUUCUCACCUGGAAGGCCAGCCCAUCCCCACGGGUGGCUUGCUGGAAGAGGAGAGAUGGGCACUCAGAGCACAGCCUUUACCGGGACAGUAGACCACAGCACUCACUGGCUGGGGCCUCUGUGGGGCUGCCAGGACUCUCUUUGCCCUGGUGGGGCCCCCUGAGAAGCAAAACAACCCAACCAUCAGCCCCAGUACCUUGUUAAUCUCCUUGUGUCUCUCCUUGCUGACGAUUUCCUCCAGCACUUCUCCAUCUCCCUUAAUAAGCCUGGAAGACAAGCACAGGACCACGAGGCGUGAGGGCUAUCUGCCAGUCACGCUGGUUCCCCCUGCCCCAUGCAAUAUGUGCCAGGAAAACAAAAUUGAACAAAAUGCUCCAGUAACGUAUGGGACAGAUACAUGAAAACCAGGAGCUGGGCUGGUGCACCUCUGCUAGCCCAAUGACUGCCCCAACCCUUGAAGCUCUAUCAGGUGCCAUCUUGUCUUAGUUUCAUCUGGAUGGAUGGAUUUUUCUUAAGAGCGUCAGGUUUAAUGAUAUAUUUUGGUUCUAGGAGAAAAACAACGCUGAUAACACACUGAUGUUUAUAGUGUCUGCUAAACAAUGUUGUACAGAGCCAAGGUCAUUCUCAGCAAAGGGCACAAGGAGCUGGGAGGGAAAUGAAUUAGGACAGCUGACUGAAACUGGCCAAAGGGUAAUUGCAUACCACACAGCAUCAAGAGGAAGGACUUUGGAAGGGGGUGGGAGUUCACCUCUCUCUCAUUGCUGGGCAUCAGUCAGGGGGUGGUGAGCAAUUGCUUGUGCAUCACUUGUUAUAUAUACUUUUAU